AUGACUAUGACAAAGGAUAGUUCGUACGAGGUCUUCUGUACAGUUGGACUUAUUCAUGCGCGCUCUUUGGAUAAUCAAGAGACCAAAUUCUCCUUCUAUCUGGAUAAAGCGCGAGUAGCGCCAACGAAUGCUGUGUCUAUCCCUUUAUUAGAAUUGCAAGCUGCGUUAUUGGCCACACGCCGCCAGGAGAACAUUAUUACCAUUCCGAUUAGCAAGGUCCUCAUGUGGACACACAGCACCACAUUGUUCAGACAGCACCUCCAGUGGCUCUACUUAUUAUCAAAACAACUAGUAACAAUCGUGAACAAAUGGCGCUAUGUCAACACCGGAAAUAUUCCCGCGGAUACAG